AUGAGCCGGAGCUUCUACGACAUCGACUCGGCGGGCGAGGUGCUCUGCACGUACACUGACAGCGGGGAGAAGGAGAAGCUCAAGUCCGAGAAAACCGAAGUGCCCCUCCUCAAGGCAAUCCUCUACGCCUUCCUCCCAGCCGGAUACCCGCACACCGUGACGGGCGACUACCUCGCCUACCAGACCUUCGAUUCGCUGCAGGCGUUUGCCUCGUCCAUCACGUCGCUGCUCGCCAACCGGGCCGUGCUCGAGGGCCUCGGCGUGGGCGACUCGUCGUCCUCGCCCACGGGCGCGCUGAUCCUCAAGAUCACGGGCGACACCAUCUCGCGCAUCGCCACCAUCCUCUUCGCCCACCGCAUGGGCCAGGCCAUCGAGCCCGAGUGCAAGUUCUACCGCUUCCUGGCCGACAUCUUCAACGACAGCGCCCAGUUCCUCGACCUGCUCACCCCGGCCCUGCCGUACCUGCCCAAGCUCGGCGUCAUCGUCUCGGCCGGCGUGCUCCGCUCGCUGUGCGGCGUCGCCGCCAACGCCAGCAAGGCCAGCCUGUCGGCCCACUUCGCCCUGACGGGCAACCUGGCCGAGCUCAAUGCCAAGGAGGCAUCCCAGGAGACGGUCGUCAGCCUGCUGGGCAUGCUGGUCGGCUCUCUGGUGGUCCGGAUGGUCGAGGACAAGCAGGUCGUCUGGAUGCUGAUGGUGAUCCUGGCCGGCGUCCAUCUCACCAUGAACUACCGCGCCGUGCGCUCCGUCAAGAUGCGCUCGCUAAACCGCCAGCGCGCCACCAUCGUCUUCCGCGAGUGGCUGGACCACGGGGUGGUGCUCACGCCGGAGCAGGUGGCCCAGAGGGAGAGCAUCCUGGGCAACGGGAGGGGCAACAUGUCCAGCAAGACCAAUGACUACACCGGCUUCUGCGAUUUCGGAACCUACGGAGACCUCAUGUCCUGGAAUCCGAGGGGCUACCACCGGUACGACUUUGAGACGAGCACGUACUUCAUGGGGAUAUGGCAUCGCGGCGGUCAUUUCUACAUCCGGAUCGCUCUGAAGGAGGGGACGAAGCACCCGCUCUCGGCCUGGUUCGACGCCGUCAACCACGCAUACCACUUCGAUUCGGCGCUUAAGGAUGGCCUGCAUAGCCACUACGAGAACGAGAUGCCCCUGGGUUACGUGUCGGAUGAGCAGAAGCAGACCAUAUUCGCAGCCAUGACCGCUGCCGGUUGGGAUCUCGAGGUUAACGCCUUGGAGACGAGACUACCAGUCAGGGUGCGAGUGGGCGAUGGAAGGAAAGGACCCCAUCUGUCCGAGAAAGACCCAAUACGCCACAACGGCCUUUUAGAGGCUAAGCAUGAUUAG